CCCAAUUAACAAAGUUUACUUCCGGUUUACUAAUGGCUUCCCUAGCGACAGGUGCUCAGGUGUGAUAAAUAAAUUUGAAAACUGAAGUAAAACGUUUUUUAUGGGAUAAUUGAAAAAUAAUUGAAACAAUGACGAGUGCAGUGAUAGAACCACGGGGAAUCCCCACAAUAUUUGGGGAAGUUCUCGAGAAAAAUGUCACUUUCUGUGUUGACACAUCUGGCAGUAUGUAUAAGGGAAUAGAAAUGGUAAAAGAACACUUAAAUGAAACGCUACUGAAGAUGGGAAAUUCAGGAAAACCAUACAUGUUCAACAUUAUUGAGUUCAAUUCAGAAGUUACUCAGUGGUCAGACAAACUAGUUACAUGCACGCCACAAACUGUUAGCGUUGCCAAGGAAUGGAUUAACAAACUUCAAGCUAAAACUGGUACAAACACUAAAGAGGCUUUACUAACAGCUCUUAAUGACCCACUUUGUGAUGCUGUUUAUCUUGUUACUGAUGGACUGCCUGACCAUCACCCAGCUGACAUUCUGGACCAUGUUGCCAGUAUCGGAGGCUAUAGAGCUGUUCACUGUGUAUAUUUAUCAACUGAAGAAACCACAGAAUCAGCUGCUAUUGAAUUUCUUGAGGACUUAGCUAUUGAAUCUUAUGGUUCAUUUCAUAUUGUUGCUUUGACAACCCAUGGAUGUGUUGAAAGAAUAACACCAAUUUACAGAGCAGAGCAUGCAGCUGAGAGAGUCAUACGCACCAUUAAUGGAACUGUUCGACCAAAUUUACAAAAAUGUAGUGUUGCAACAACAUUACAAGUUGACCCUGAUGACAGUGUUUCCCUUGCACCUAGAGUUAUGCACGGAAGAUAUCCCCCCUGUUAUGGUCCACCUUUAGGUCCCUGGUGUGACUGGCUUAGCACCCCAUAUAGAUAUUACUACCCAUAUGCCUGGAGUAGAUACAGGCCUGCAAGAGGUUGGUUAAAGUCCCAGGAGCAGAUGAUUGAGAGUAUAGAAACAUCAGGCCUCUCACCUGCUGCUGGUUCCCUGCUGAUCAACAAAGCUGUCCUUGCAAGACGUUUAGAUGAUGGGUACUUCUAUAAAGCUACUGUCAAAAGUCAGGUUUUAUCAGACAAGUUUUUGGUUGGUUUUGGUCCAUGUAAACAUGGCAAGUUUACAGAAACAGCGUACCAGGACACUCAUGUAUUUGAUAUCAUUGACUAUGAUGAUGCAAGAAGACAUACAAUCUUGACAGGGGAUAAGGUGUUAGCCCCCUGGGAGCCCGAGGGUGAGAGAUAUGGACCCGGAACUGUACUAGAAGGUCAUGAGAAACGUCAAGCUGAAGGUCCAGAGGAUAAGUCAAUCACAGUUAGUUUUACUAAUGGGAAGGUUGAAAAGGUAAAGAUAGACACAGCAAUUUGGAUACCAAAGGAGGUUUAUGAGAGGUUGGCACUAGAGCUUAAGAUGCCCAAAGAUGCUAGAAUGGCCCUGUCAUCUGAGGAAAGUUAUCCUGAACAGUCCUUUGAAGGUUAUCCAACGUCUGGUCCUGAAGCAACGCCUCAAGAAUACGAGCUUGCUGAUCCGAUGUUCUUUGAUUACGAUCCGAUGGUAGUUGAGAGACGAGGGCCAUGGCGAUACCCAUUUCAUCCACCAUAUCCUCUUGUCAUGAAAUCUGGGUCAGAAUGUAGAAGGUCAAGGUCACAAACAAGAGAGACAGCUGAAGAAACACUAGAAAAUAUUGUACCAGGUACAGAUUUGACCCAGAAGGAGUUAGAUGAACGUAUUACCUCUCAACUCAUGGAGCAUAAGCUUUUGCUAGAUGAGCGGGAAACUGAACACGGUACAAAGAAACAGACUGUGGAACUAACUAAAGAACAGCCAAAACCUGUGAUUAAAACUGAAACUAGGAGAUAUGAAGAAUCACGGAGGUCGGAGGUUAUGGAGGGUGAGGAGGACAGAGAGUUACAGGAGAGGCUGGCAAUGAGGAGACGAGAGUUGGAGGAGGAAUGGAGGCUUGAACAGGAAGUUAUACACAGACAGCUGGAGAGAGAACGUCUGCUGAAACGAGAAAAACAGGAGGAAAAUACACUUAGAAAAUCUGUCAGCUUUCAAGAUGAAAAAGUUAGAGAAGAUUUAAAAUUAGAGGAGAUAGAAACUGCCACUAUGACUGAGGACAGUGGUUUUAAAUCUGCUAGCCUAACAACGUCCCGCUCUGAAGAUUUAGAUACAUACUUCAGUGACCCUGAAGAUACUUCUAAAUCACUGCGUGAGCGAGGGGUCAACACAGAUUCUAGUCUACUGUAUAAAUCACGAAGUAAACUGGUCAGUCGUCGACCACCGUGGAAGAAUUAUUGGAGAGCUGAUCCGGCAUUGCCUAUAACAAACAGUUCACAUGGUCCAUUCAGAGAAACUGCCCUACAAGCACCACUAGAGGCCAGAAAUACAAACCCUUCACCUUAUAUAUGUGAAUGGACAAGCCCUGUAUACAAGUUUGUUGAUCCCAUGGCAAAGGGUAACUACACAGACUCGGUGGAGAAGUUAAUGAGGGUACCGUCAGCCCCGCUAACAAGUAAUAACAAGGCUAUACCACGCCCAAUACCACAUAGACCAAUGUCGGCUGAUACUAAAGAACAAAUGAGGAAAGAUUUCAAACGCAGGAGGGAGGAGCAAAGAGAGAAGGCGUGGCAAAUGAGGAUGAAUAAUUAUGAUCACAUGAAUCAAUUAAUGCAAGACCAACAUAAAGAUAGAGUGAUGGCCCAGAUACAGAGAGAAAAAGAUCGUCAGGUAAAAGAGCAGCGACAGAUUGAGAUAUCUAGAGAACAGAAGAAGUAUGUCAGUAAGGAACUGCGGGAAAAGAUUGAAGCGAGUCAAAAGAGAGAAAUAGACAAGGAACAACAGAGAAUUGCAGCGAUGCAGAGGAGACGAGAACAUCGUGAAGAUAUACAGCGAAAAAGCGAGAAAAAAAGGAUCCGAAGACUCAACGCAGAGCUGGAGGUUAAAGCUCAGAGGUCACAGGAGCGUUGGGACAACGUCACACGUCGUCUAGACCAGGAAGAUGCUGAAAACGCCCGUCGUAACAUACAACAUCAUAACGCAAAGCUCAAUCGUAUACAACAUUUUCAAAAACUAGAGGAAGAGGGUCAGCAAAGGAAAGAUGUUCGUAUAGGAGUGACAGAUAGACACCUGUCAAUGUUUCAGUCCGUCCCAUUGUGUUAAUUGGUUGUUUAAUUAAUUGACUGAAAGAUCUGUUUAUAAUUGAUAUUCUUUUACAUGUAGAUUAAUGCUUAUUUAUUUUCUAUGAAUUUUAAAUGUGAGUUUAUUAUUAUUUUAAGUAAAAAUGUUAUUUUAUUAUGAAUAUAAUUUUUGUUAUGAACAUUUUAUAGUUUUGAGGAUGAAGAUUACAUUUUUUUUUUCAAUUCAUUAAAUCACGAAGUUUGUUUUAAAACAAAAAAAGUCUCAACUUAUUCAGUGUGCCUUGACUUUAAUUGUGAACUAUUUUAAGCAAUAUUUCAUUGGAGAUAGGAAGAUCAUAGCUCAAAACAUUGGAAAAACUAAAAUCAUUAUUCUGAUAGAUGGACGUUUGUGUUUUUUGUAGAAGUAUGUACAUGGUGUAAAGUGUUAGAAAUGCAUGACUAGUGCAGAAUUAGGAUUUAUACAAAUUUUGAAGGAGUAAAUGCAAUAGUGAUUUAUCAGUUUAGAUUUAUUUUAUUGCGUUCACUUCUCCAUAAUCAAUAGGGUAAUGGGUUUUACAAGUAGCUUCGGUUUUGUUACAGCUUUUGAAUACUGUGCUAUGUUUAGUCAGACUUAGUUAGCUAUAAUUUUAUAAUAAUAUUUUGUCAUCUGACUUUAUUCUCCUAAAAGUUUUAAUAUUUUAAAACUAUAUUUUUUACAUUCAAAUUGAAACAAUAGUUUUAGCUCAGCAUGAAUUGUUUGUAACUGCAUAUAUAGAUAAAUAAUGUUUAUUUAUAUACCAAUUUACACUGUGUAAAUAGCUUGAAUAAUCCCAAGGUGAGAGAAAUAUAAGGCAGUUGUGCUCAGAGAUAAUUAUUCAGUAUAUAUCUUUUAUUUAAUGAAUUUCAAAUUGACAACAGUAUUGAUAUUUUAGUAGGAAAUUCAACACAAAUUGUUGAAAAGUUCUGAAAAUGUAGUACUCUACAAGAUACUGUAAUAUAAAUGUCAAUGUAUUGUUUCAGUCAGGGACGUUCAAAUAGACUGACCCUGUUUCAGUUUAUAAAUUUUACUGCUGGAAAAAAAAAUCAAAAUAUUAUAUUUUUAUAUAAUCCUAAAUGCCUCAAAUUAAUACAAGCUUAUAUGCUAUAAUUGCUUUUUUAAAAAUGCUCAAUUCUGCUUAGAAUUCUUGUAUUUCAGAAAUUCUCUUAAAGUUGAAGGAUUUAUCCAAACCUCACAUAAGAAAUACUGGAAUUCUUGAGUGGUUUUAUUAGGUGGUGUUUUGCUUUGCUGUAGUGAAUUGUCUAGUCGUAGUUUAUGCUUUAUUGUAGUUUUGCUGAUCAUGUUAUUUAUCUUUCUUUAAUACUGUAUAAUAUUUAACAUCAAUCCUCAUUGGACUGUCAUGAUGUUUAUAUUAUCUAUAUUAACCUGGCUUCAGCAAAUUUAUGAUUUAAUUCUAUAUUUUAAUCAAAGAAGGCAAUUUUGCAGUGUUAUAAAUUUAUUAUAAAGAACUUUCACAGGUUAUAUAUUUAUACAUGUAUAUCAACAGUUGUUUGCUAUAUAACCAUUACCUAGUAGCUUCGGUUAUAUAGGCUUACAGCCAUUUAUAUUGGGUCAUAUAACUUAAUGAAAAUCUUAAUUAUAACCAAUCAAAUUUCAUAGUAUCUGAUCAUGUUUUACAAUUUAAUGUACAUAAAUG